AUGCCCAUCUUCAGCAAAAAGUUCAGUCUGCCCAGGAUGCCAUCACGCAAGGCCUCCAGCAUGACCAAUCUGAGUCAACUGGACGCCAGCACUCGCAGCAAUGAGUUCGGUCUUGACUACGGUGUUGUCAAAGCCCGGCUGAGUGGUCGAAAUCUCAUCUUCAAAAACGGCCGUUGGCGAGUAGAGGACGGUCAUGGUGAUAGCGGUGAUGGGUCUGCGGGGAAGGAGACAGGUCAGCUGAAAAACGAGAAUCGCAAACUCUACGAGGAGAACAACCUCCUUAAAAUCAAGGUGGAUAUUCUUCUCGAUAUGCUGGCGGAAACAACCGCGGAGGUGCAAUUGCAAGAGAACGAAAUCGAGAGCCUCCGCAGUCUCAUUCACCGAAAACCGCUCUCCACAUUCUCCCAGCCCACCAUGUCCACUGCCUGA